UCGGCACUUCACGAUCCAGCAGGGAACGAUGCUGUGUUCGACGUUCACGAACAACGACAACAACUUCCUACGUCGACGUCGCUCGAUCGACAACAAAGAGCCAGAGAGCACGGCUCUAGUCGGAACCGACAAGAUGGAGGUCGACACACUCAGAGACCAGGUCAGCACACUGAAGGCUGAGAUAGAGCAGGUAAAGCAGGCCUACGAGGAGGCGUUAAAAGAACUGGAGAUUUUUAGGUCGGGGGUAAAGGUGUGUGGCAACGGUACUGCGAAGCGACACACGGCUGACCCGUCACCGCCAGAAACGCCGCCGACGCCUCCGCCUCCACCGUCUCCCGCUACUCGUGCAGUGCAAGACGUACGAUGUUAGCACAGAAAGUGCUGACGUCACGCAUAGGGUCUCCUAUAGUUGAAAAUGGACUCUAGUCACGUAUCGUGCGAAACACAACGCGACAAGUGCGACGAUGAUGAUGGUAGUUAUAGAGGGCGUUGGUGGCUUCACCUCCCGACCCACGUGCCUGCGUAGCGUUGGUGGCGAUGCACGCGCUACAGUGGUUGACCGCAAACAAUAAACGGCCUCGGAUGGUACUGUGACAGUCAUGAAACGGUCACCGAGAAAUGUUCGCCGAAAGGUUGACGCCGCACCAUACACCGAAAGGGUCAAUAGCAGCAACCGUAAACGCCGUAAGGAUCAGCAAUCGCAGAAAAUCGUUCCCGAACGAUAGCGUAGAGGAAAGUCUACGCUGUACUACUACAGUAAUAGCAAACUAGCACAUCCCGGGAGAAUAUUACUAGGCCCCAGUCUAUCCCGCGCUCUCCUUUUCAUAUUCUCUUUUUUGCUUACUCUCCCCCUCCCCUCUCUCUCUCUCUGCCUCUCUCUCUUGCUCUACCUUUCUCGCAGUGCAUCUGAUGCCGAGCCUUGUUAACAUGUUCGCGACUUACAUGCGGUUAAGUGCCGUCUCACAGGAAGGCCGUAAUUCACAAAGCACUAUCAACGGCCACUUCCCAGAAUUAAAUCGGUCGUGUGUUAUGGAAUAUGUAUGUAAGCACACAAGCGGCAAGACCGAUCAUGAAACAAACACAGGCGACGACGGACAAAGGAAGAUCAGGAAUGACGCAGUGCAACGACACGCGACAGAGUGCGCAUGAGCAAGCCGGAGUAUGCGUCAUGUGUUGAUUUGCUUUUCGUGAUAGUGUGUGAGGAUUCAAACAUUGAAACGCUGUUAUUCACAUUAAGUUCAGUUGGCAUCAGAAGCAGAAAAUAUGCCGUGACUUUAAUUGCAUGGAUUUUGGCCCUCUCUUCUACUACCGCUCCUAGCUCAACCACCUGAGCCUUCUAACUCUAGCCCAUGACCCUAGUCCUAUUUUUGAACAUCCCGAAUAUUUCUCAUCUUUUUCAUCCCCUCCCUCUUCCCUCCUCUUAAUUUGUAGUUCUUCCUUUCUUCCCUUCCUCUUUUCACACCUCCCCAUUUCCUUUUCAUUCGCCUUCCUCUUCCCUCCGUUCCUGAUCACCCAAUUCGACAUGCUUUCUCAAUAUGCGCAAUCCUUGUGUACACUUCACACGUGAAAGGCACGUAUGACACAUGCGUGACAGUAGAUUUUCUUAUAUUUACGUCGUAUUUUUCGUGACACGGGAAAUGCAAGUUGUUUGUCUCAGAUACCUUUUCUUGGAGAUGCGCAGCCGCAGGUGCGAUCGCGUGACUCAGAUCCUUGCACCGAUAUGUCGUGUCCUGAUUGGUCAUGGUAAUGGCAUGAAUGAUAAUGGUAGUUGCUAAAAGUCAUUGCUAUUAGGCACUUUAUCGAGUUUUCUGUUGGUGUAAGGAAUUCUAAACACGGGUAAUCACAUUUAGGACGUUAAGAGUGGAAGUUAUUUGUAAGGUGUCGGCAGAAAAUAGAAUUGACGACGAAGAUAAUGUGGCAUUUAGGAUAAAACAUGAGAGACCAUCUGAAAAUGUUUUUAGUAAUGUGAUUAUAAAUUGCGACAGUUUGUUUCUUCCUAUAUUUUCCAAAUGACUCGCCUAUAUCUUCACCAUGUGUCCUCUCUCAUCGCUCUCGCGUCUUUGCAUAAUUUUACCUUACCAAUCGUCUCGUCUUUUCCCUCCAUCACACGCUACUCCUCUAUCUACCUUCUAUCACAUUUGUAUGCCUCUGCCUUAUCCUUUGCGAAUUUUUCCUGUAUCUUUCUUCCCAUACCUUCUACCCGACCAUUUUUUUCAGGACUUCUUUGCCCUCGCUCUCGUUUCUCUUCUCUUCGAAGCCUUCCUCCUUUUCCCUUCCUGCCCUUCUUAGCAUACAUCACCUAACUACAUAAUUCUAAAAAUAACACUAGGGUUCUAUCGCCAUUCACGUGUAUCCGUUUCGUAUUUUACAUUAACGAUAUGAAUCGCGCUCGAUAUCUUCUACUUUUACGGCUUAUAUCACAUUGCAUUGCCUUUGCUGCGAAGCCUGAUUUACGGAUUAAACAUAAUUUAUGAGCGUUCAAAUCUCCCUGUAGACACGUGUCAACAAGCCCAUGGACGUACAUCUAUAGCCACUGCUACCAGUGAAUGACCAGCGAUGUUCUCUAUCCUUUGAUUUGUAUUGUAUUGUAUUGAUUUGGCUUGAUUUGUAUUCGAUGGUGAAUUUUUCGUGCUAAUACUUGCACGUGAUACAUAGGCUAACGCGUGUACAUGCUGUAUAUAUGUAGGCUACCGCUUGUACAUGCUAUAAUUGCUAACGCAUGAUGUAUAGGCUAACGCGUGUACAUACUUGUAUAUGCUACGCUUGUGCAUGCUGUGUAUGUUAACGAGUGUACGUGUUGUAUAGGCUAACACAUGUACAUGUUUUGUAGGCUAACACGUGUACAUGUUGUAUAGGCUAACACGUGUACAUGUUGUAUAGGCUAACACGUGUACAUGUUGUGUAGUCUGACUCUUGGCACACACUGAGGAGCAUGGUAGCGCAAAAUGCGGUUCAUACGAAACAUGGUAUUGGUUACGGAAUGAUCAUUUGGCAGCUAUCCGUCUGAGUAUCGCUCAUGCGAGAGAUCAUGAGCCUCGCACGAUUAGGCGUAUUACCAUGAAUCUCUGUGUAUUGAACGCACUAGGUAUAUAUGUUUACGGUAUUACACUAAUAUCGCGACGGAAAAUAUUCCGUCAGCUUGCACAUGUAACAUAACGAAGAGCUUAUUUUAUUAGGUUUACUUGUGAGAUUUUUAGGCCAAAACAUGUUAUUAGCAUGUAGUGAUGCAAUCAUGUAUAUUGUCUUCGCACCGUGUGAGAUAGUAAUAAGUAAAAUACACGGCAGGUGCCGAUACCUAGUCUUGUAUACACCAUGCACCGAUGCACAGCAACCACAAAAUGGCGGCAUAUUUUCAAGUGGCGUGCGAAAGCAAGAUGGCGUUUAGUAGUCUAGAUACGCGUUUAUUCGCAUUAAACACCGUAUAUUCAUCGCGCGUGUGUGUGUGUGUGCGUGCGUGCGUGCGUGCGUG